AGCUGCAUGGCUCUCUCAGGCAUCCUGUUGUGCUCUAUAGGGAAUCCUCUGGUGGUUAAUGGAUGUCCCUUUAGUUGUCACUUAGAGGGGAGAGAAAAAGAGAACAACUCACUCCGCCAUGAUGCUGACGUCACGCCGCGGUCUGUUGCUUUACGUAGUUAAAUCAGACGGAUGGAUGGUUGGAAGGGGAGAGGAAGACGGGCCUCUGAAAAGAGCACCUGAGUUGGAGAAAGGGGUGGAAGGCAGGAUCCCUCUAGAGAGACCCUGAGGUCACCAAGAGGGAAGAGCCCGUGAGUUACAGGGAGGAGAGUGUGCUGCCGAUAAGCCCACAAGCAACUGGCCUGACCUGCCAGGGUGUGCACACACUCCCCGGGCUGUGAAAUCACUCGUAUAAUUCUUCUUCCCCCUGACUGGACCUCUGGCAGCAACUGCUGUAAGGGUCUGAGAGGAUGAAGAAGUGAAGGGAAAUGGCAUGCUAUCAUCGGAAGACAUCCGUCAGACGGUAAAGGGAGGCCCAGAACCAGCGCAAGACAUUAGACAACCUUCUCAAAAGGACAAGGAAGCUUCUUGGGACCAGCUGCUUGGGUUUCUCCUUCUUAGCCCACAAAUAAUCUUUGGAGCCCGUUCCCUAAUUUAUCAAGUGGGAUGGAUAGCAGUGUCACAACCAGUAAUGGAGAGACAAAACCAGUAUACCCGGUCGUGGAAAAGGCGGAGGAAGAUGGCAACCUGGAACGGGGGCAGUGGAACAACAAGACGGAGUUUAUGCUGGCAGUGGCUGGGGAGAUCAUUGGCCUAGGCAACGUCUGGAGGUUUCCCUAUCUCUGCUACAAAAAUGGGGGAGGUGCCUUUUUCAUCCCCUACCUCAUCUUCCUCUUUACCUGUGGCAUUCCUGUCUUCCUCUUGGAGACAGCGCUGGGCCAGUACACUAGCCAGGGAAGCAUCACAGCCUGGAGGAAGAUCUGCCCCAUCUUUGAGGGCAUCGGCUACUCCUCCCAGAUCAUCGUCGUCCUCCUCAACAUCUACUACAUCGUCGUCCUGGCCUGGGCCCUCUUCUACCUCUUCAGCAGCCUCACCACCCAGCUCCCUUGGGGAAGCUGCCACCACGAGUGGAACACGGAACACUGUGUGGAGUUCCAGAAGAACAAUGGCUCCCUGAAUGUGACCUCUGAGAAUGCCACCUCUCCUGUCAUCGAGUUCUGGGAGAGGCGGGUCCUGAAGAUCUCUGAUGGCAUCCACCACCUGGGGGCCCUGCGCUGGGAGCUGGCCUUAUGCCUCCUGCUUGCCUGGGUCAUCUGCUACUUCUGCAUCUGGAAGGGGGUCAAGUCCACGGGCAAGGUGGUGUACUUCACAGCCACAUUCCCUUACCUCAUGCUGGUCGUCCUGUUAAUUCGAGGGGUGACACUGCCUGGGGCAAUUCAAGGGAUUCAGUUUUACCUGUACCCAGACCUCACGCGUCUGUGGGAUCCCCAGGUGUGGAUGGACGCAGGCACCCAGAUCUUCUUCUCCUUCGCCAUUUGUCUAGGGUGCCUGACAGCCCUGGGCAGCUACAACAAGUAUCACAACAACUGCUACAGGGACUGCAUCGCCCUCUGCUUCCUCAACAGCGGCACCAGCUUUGUGGCUGGGUUUGCCAUCUUCUCCAUCCUGGGCUUCAUGUCUCAGGAGCAGGGGGUGCCCAUCUCUGAGGUGGCGGAGUCAGGCCCUGGCCUCGCUUUCAUCGCCUACCCCCGGGCUGUGGUGAUGCUGCCCUUCUCUCCUCUGUGGGCCUGCUGCUUCUUCUUCAUGGUCGUCCUCCUGGGACUGGACAGCCAGUUUGUGUGCGUAGAAAGCCUGGUGACGGCGCUGGUGGACACGAAGCCCCAUGUGUUCCGUAAGAAGAACCGGAGGGAGGUCCUCAUCCUUGGAGUGUCCGUCAUCUCCUUCCUGGUUGGGCUGGUCAUGCUCACAGAGGGUGGUAUGUACGUGUUUCAGCUCUUUGACUACUAUGCAGCCAGUGGUAUGUGCCUCCUGUUCGUGGCCAUCUUUGAGUCUUUCUGUGUGGCUUGGGUCUAUGGAGCUGGGCGCUUUUAUGACAACCUUGAAGAUAUGAUCGGGUACAGGCCAUGGCCUCUUAUCAAAUAUUGUUGGCUCUUCCUUACACCAGCUGUGUGCAUAGCCACCUUCCUCUUCUCCUUGAUCAAGUACACCCCGCUGACCUACAACAAGAAGUACACAUACCCCUGGUGGGGUGAUGCACUGGGCUGGCUCCUGGCUCUGUCCUCCAUGGUCUGCAUUCCCACCUGGAGCUUCUACAAACUUAUCACCCUCAAGGGCCCCUUCAGAGAGAGAAUUCGCCAGCUUGUGUGCCCAGCUCAAGACCUGCCCCAACGGAACCGAGCAGAACCCUCCACCCCUGCCACACCCAGGACAUCACUUUUCAGAGUCACAGAACUAGAGUCUCGCUGCUAGGGGUGGUCAGGCCCUUGGAUGGUGCCUGUGAGCCUGGCUGUGGGGACAGCUGCAGGAGAGGGCAGAAGCAGCCCCACUGUGCUUCUCUGCCCCCUCCCCGGGGUAGAUAAGACAAAAGGGGAUAUUUUGGAAUCCACCUUCUGAGCUGGGGCUUCCCACCCCAACCUCCCUGCUCCAGGGGUGGCUGAACAGGUGUGAAAUGCCAGUAUCAAGAGCAUCCCCUUUGCGACGGGCCUUGGGAAGCUGGGUGAGGAUGGAGGGAAAGGUCUGUUUGGCUGCUGGGCCCUCUUACCCUUCAUUCCAUUAAAUCCAAGUUCUUCCCAC